AUGGAGGCGUCGCCGUCGCCGUUCGUGCGGCCGGGCGAGAACGCCAAGUGGGGCACGCGCACGAGCACGUUCUACGCGGUCAUGCGGAGUCGGAACAUAGACGAGAGGCACGGGGUGGAGACGGGCGACGGCGACGACGACGACGACGACGGCGGCGACGGGUACGGGCACGAGGUGAAAGCGCUCGAGUGGACGCUCGAUCACGACAAGAAGGAGUGGAAGGACGAGUUCUACGCGUUCCUCACGUCGCCGACGUCGGAGCGCGACGUGGAGAAGGAAGGAUGA